AUGGACAGAGAUGCAUUCAAAAAAGCUUGUAAAGCUCAAUGGAAAAACGCAGAUGAUCAUGGAUAUAUAUUCGUUAAUACUAGAAAACCUGCAGUUGAUAAAGCAGAUGAUGAAUAUGAAGAUGAGGUUAUUCCUGAUGAAGAGGAAUCAGAUGAUUAUGCAGAAGAUUAUUCACCAAUCAUACAAGAAAUAGACGAAUUCGAUGAUAUGCUGGCAUCUGGAGAAGGUUUAAUGUUUUUAUCCGAUAAUAACGAAGAACUACUUAAUAGAUUGCGAGUAAUAUUAGCGGCAGUGAAGGAAGGACAUCGAUCAAACAGACAAUAUAAUGAAGUAAAUUGUAUAUUAAAAAGACUCCUAGAAAAAGGUAUCAUAGAUAAAAAUGAUUAUAAAAGCGUGAUUAAAAAUGUCAAAUAA